CAAUAUUCCAACAUCGAUAUUAUUACCACAGGACACUCCAUGGGACUCACCGGUCGUUUCAGUCAUUCCGACAGUGCGUCACUGCGCCCUCACGUCUCCAACCACUAUCUUCACUUUCACGACGAACAAUGUCUUCUUCCUAUGGAAACACUUGAAAACAGAGCUGCCUAGCGGGCAAGCGUAUGACUUUGAACAACUCAAAGGGAAGGUUGUUUUGAUUGUCAAUGUUGCAUCCAAGUGUGGUUUCAUUCCCCAAUACAAAGCAUUCUUCCAGAGAGCCAACUCCCACCGAGUGGGAGCGCCUCGGAGUGAACGUAUCAAGAGUACGCAGACUUGUAAGCAUCGAUGGCUUCAAUGACGCAGCGAAGCUAUUUCGCGGUCCAGUGCUUAGGCGGCGCACAGAUGGCAUUGGUAGUGCCCUGGAUCUAUUUUGCCCUAUCCUGCGCCCAGAUAUCAUUGGUCAUGUCCUGAAGAGGCUUUUCGAGCAGUUCCCCCCUACCACACUCUUCCCGAACCUUUGCGAAUUGCAUUUUGAGGCCGUGUUUGGUCUUCUGGAACAUAGCUCAAAAUUCUGGCUGCUUCGGCAGUUCAUUUCGCCUAGAUUGCAAGCGCUCCGGUUUGAUGUAACUGGCAUCCCAAUGCAUAAGUGGAGAAAUUACUUGCUGCUCUUCCCGCAGAAGCGCACGGUCUGCGCCAACUGACAGUAUCGUCGGGCAAUGGUACUACGGCUUUGACAAUCUCCCCGAGUCUUGGAAAGCUGCCGAAGUUGAUUAGACUGGCCAUUUUCGGAAUC